ACCCACUUCUUAAUCACUUCUGAAAAUGUUCCUCGUUAAAAACUUCCUUGGCGGCGGUGGGGGUGGCGGCGGAGGCGGCGGAGGGAACAUCAACAUCGGCAACAUGAUUGGGGGAUUUUUAAGCGGCGGAGGGGGCGGUGGCGGCGGCGGAGGAGGAGGAGGCGCCAUGGGCAUCCUCGGAGGAGUCAUCAGUGCCAUCAGUGAAGCAGCCGCUCAGUACAACCCAGAACCUCCGCCUCCUCGCAGCCACUUCUCCAACGUCGAGUCGAACGAGAGCGAAGAGGUGCGGCAGUUCCGGAGGCUGUUCACGCAACUGGCUGGAGACGACAUGGAAGUGAGCGCGACAGAACUGAUGAACAUCCUCAACAAAGUGGUUACCAGACAUCCGGACUUGAAGACAGAUGGGUUUGGGAUAGACACAUGUCGCAGUAUGGUGGCCGUCAUGGACAGCGACACCACUGGGAAACUGGGAUUUGAUGAGUUCAAAUAUCUUUGGAACAACAUCAAGAAGUGGCAGGGGAUCUACAAGCGCUUUGACACUGACCGAUCCGGGACCAUCGGCAGCAGUGAGCUCCCAGGAGCCUUUGAGGCCGCCGGCUUUCGGCUCAACGAGCAGCUGUACAGCAUGAUUGUGCGCCGAUACUCAGACGAGAGCGGCAACAUGGACUUCGACAACUUCAUCAGCUGCCUUGUGCGCCUGGACGCCAUGUUUCGUGCCUUCAAGUCCUUGGACAGGGACGGCAGUGGACAGAUCCGCGUGACCUUGCGGGAGUGGCUGCAGCUCACCAUGUACUCCUAAGGGCCAGCCCCAGCGGGAGACUCGCCCCCCCUCAUGCCCCCCCCAUGAUCCCACCGGCUUCACCGAGCCUGUUCUGGAACGGGUGGAAUUCUGGGCAGCCCUUUUCUGCAACGACCGGAGAAGCCCUGCGGACCCCCCCCCUUUUCUCUCCUAUUGUGUUCUUUUCUCUUCUGCUGCUUUUGUCGGAAAGCGACGAAAAAAGAGGGAACCCUUUUAGUAGACUUUGGUUUUGCAUUUAUAAAUCAUUGUUUAGAAACCUGGUAAUAUUUAUGUGAAGCAUUUUAAUUCUUGCGCUAACACUGUCUUCCCCUGCGAGUGCUGGCGAGGGUCUUGUUAGAGAGAAUUUUGGUUUGAAGUGGCUUUUGUUUUCUUUUUGAGGCUGGCUUGGUUUUCAACAGUACUGUGUAGAGAUCUUCUGUUUUUCUCCAGUUUUACUCACCAGACAUUUUCCCAUGUUUUUUUUGGGGGGGAGAGUUCCUUCUGAGGCCUUGCCCCCCCCGACCCAAGGAAGUCCCCUUGCCUCAAGCCUGCAGCCGGUGUCCCAUAGCAGGAUCUGGAGUGGGUGUCUGCCCUGCCCGACAGCCAGCAAUCCACCCUUCCUAGAGCCACAGAACGAGGAGGAAGGUUGUCCCACCAACGCUCCAGCCUCCUCCUCCUCCCUUAACAGGCAGAGACACGGGGGGCGCUGUUGAGCUUAGAGGAAAGUGAUUUGGCUGCAGUGGGUCUAUUCCCAUAGGAAGGAAGCCUUCCUUGUUUUGGGGGGAGGAGGAGGAGGAGGAGGCCUGCCUUCCCCCAGGCCUUGGUGGGGGUGGAGUUGCAAAAGCAAUAGAUUUAAGGGCUGUUGAGGCCCCUUCCCCGAACUACCUGAGCAAUGCUAGUUUGAGAGGCAUCAGAGUUUUAUUAGCUUUCUUUAAAGUCCAGAGGCAGCCAGUGUGUUCCCGCUUAGAGGGGGUGGUUCAAAGGCUGCUCUCUGUAGCAGCACCCGAUGCCAGUACCCCAAAGCACUAGCACUUUUGUCAGAGAUGCAGCCUUACUGGGCAAGAUGAUGGGAUGGGGGCCCCUGGGCCAGGCAACAGGCCCCCUGACCCCCUGCAGCCCCACCGUGGCCCUGCAUGCCCACUCUGCACAUGUCUCGUGAAGGAAUAAAGUCUAGCAAGGCGCUCGGUUCUACCUGUGCUCUGCCUUGGUGAUCCACAUGCUGGCAAAUGCGCUGAAUUGCAUGCGCCCUUGAGUAGGGCGUGGCCCCCAUGCUCUGAUGUUUCAAUAUCUGCUUUUAGAAUAGCUGCCGUGAGUGUCAACAAAGGGCAGUUAAAAUCAAAUGCUUUGAGUCCAGAUUAUUCAGACUACAGCCCAGAGAUUGACUGGUUGCCCCAAUGAAAUACUUUUACAGCUGCCUGGUAGUAAACUGUGACCUGAUCCUAAUGAAACGCCCCAUUUGGCCCACUGGGGCUUCAUUGCUGUUUCUUUGCAAGAAGCUGAUUAAUAAAGGACACUCUUUUUUUUGGCCUUCC